CUUACCGCGAAGGGGACAGAGCGGCGGCAUUGUGUUGAUUGGCUAAGGUGGAAAUGAAGUAGACGCAGAUGGCUAUGUCAUUUUUCAAAUGAAGAAUAUCCUUGAGAUUCUGACAGCAACUUGGCAUCGACAAACCCGGACGCCGAAAGAGAUAGUAGAGGAGAGUAACGAAGAGCGUAAGCCAUGGGGAAAAUAGCAACAAUCGAGUACUUUCGCGUCCCGCCGCGUUGGCUUUUCGUCAAGAUUACCGAUGCAGAUGGAAACUUUGGUUGGGGCGAAGCAUCACUAGAAGGCCACACACAAGCGGUCGAAGGAUGCUUAGACGCUUGGGCUGAGCGUUACGUUGGCUUCGAAGCAGAUGACAUUGAGCACAUAUGGCAAAUGUGCUGGCGUACCAGCUUCUAUCGUGGUGGACCAGUCUUUAUGAGCGCACUAGCUGGCAUUGAUAUUGCACUCUGGGACCUCAAAGCUCGGAGACUCAAUGUGCCAAUCUACCAACUCCUCGGAGGCAAAGUACGCGACAAGCUCAAAGUGUAUGCAUGGAUAGGCGGAGACCGACCAAACGAUGUCAAGGAACAAGCUCUCGCUCGCAAAGCCCAAGGCUUCCACGCCGUGAAAAUGAACGCAACAGAAGACAUCGGCUGGCUCGACUCCCCUUCAGUCCUCCAAUCCGCUGUCGACCGUCUCAAAACCGUCAAAGACCUCGGCAUGGACGCCGGCAUGGACUUCCACGGACGCAUCCACAAGCCCAUGGCCAAGCAACUCGCGCGAGCCCUAGAACCACACCAUCCGCUCUUCAUAGAAGAGCCCUUGCUCUCUGAACACAUUACGGGUAUCACAUCCCUUCACAACCAGACCUCCAUUCCAAUAGCCCUCGGCGAACGUCUCCAUUCCCGGUGGGACGUCCGCCCCUUCCUCGAAACCGGCUGUGUCGACAUCUUGCAACCAGACAUCUCGCACAUCGGCGGUAUAUCAGAAAUGCGGCGUAUAGCCUCCGCCGCAGAAACCUACGACGUAGCCAUCGCGCCUCAUUGCCCCUUGGGACCCAUCGCCCUCGCUGCAUGUGUUCAGGUAGAUUGCACAAUAGCCAAUUUCGCCAUUCAAGAAAUGAGUCUCGGCAUUCACUAUAAUGCUGGUAGUCAGGAUCUCACGUCUUAUGCAAAGAAUCCUGAGGUGUGGGAUGUGAAGGAUGGAUAUAUUGAGUUGAUGAAAGGACCGGGGUUGGGGAUUGAGGUUGAUGAGGAUAUGGUUAGGAGGGAGAGUAGGGAUGCGAAGGCUUGGGUUAGUCCCGGGUUCAUUGGGCCUGGGGGAGAGGUUAGGGAGUGGUAGAAUGUUGAGGUUUACAUCACAUUUUCAGUGCGUGGAUAGAGGCUUCAUAGAGAGGCCUGGAGGUUUGCAGCAUACUUUUGCCUGGUGGGCAGAGACGUCAUGGGUAGGCCUGGAGGUAUAGGCUGCCUUCUGUAUGAAGCUUGUAAAGCCCGC